AUGCGAGAGGUUGUCAAAAAGGAGGUGAUCAAGUGGCUUGAUGCAGGGGUUGUGUACCCCAUCUCGGAUAGUUCUUGGACUUCUCCGGUGAAAUGUAUGCCGAAGAAGGGUGGUAUGACUGUGGUGACUAAUGAGCAAAAUGAGUUGAUUCCUACCAAGACUGUCACUGGAUGGCGGGUGUGCAUAGAUUACCGCAAGUUGAAUAAAGUGACCCGAAAGGAUCACUUCCCAUUGCCCUUUCUUGACCAGAUGCUAGAUAGACUUGCGGGGCGUGCCUUUUACUGUUUUCUGGAUGGGUACUCAGGCUACAACCAGAUAUUAAUUGCCCCGGAGGAUCAGGAGAAAACUACCUUCACCUGCCCAUACGGGACCUUUGCAUUUUCCAGGAUGCCUUUUGGGUUGUGUAAUGCACCGGCUACCUUCCAGCAGUGUAUGAUGACUAUUUUUACCGACAUGGUAGAGGAUUUCUUAGAAGUGUUUAUGGAUGACUUCAGCGUGGUGGGUGACUCCUUUAAUGAAUGUUUGAAGAACCUUGACAAAGUGUUAGCACAGUGUGAAGAGACAAAUCUCGUGCUCAACUGGGAAAAAUGCCACUUCAUGAUCGAGGAGGGCAUUGUCCUCGGCCAUAAGAUUUCAAAGAACGAAAUAGAGGUGGACAAGGCCAAAAUUGAAGUGAUUUCAAGGCUUCCUCCCCCUACUUCAGUCAAGGGGGUUAGAAGUUUUCUUGGGCAUGCGGGGUUCUACCGGAGAUUUAUCAAGGACUUUUCG